AUGAAAGCAUUCAUCUUCACCACCCCUUGGAAAUGCUGCAAAUCGAUCGACAACCGAUCGAUAACCUCCUUGGUCGGAGAUGAAGAAGCUAUCAUCGACAAACACCGCCCACGAAAGCUGAGGGUGGCACCGGAGGGUUAUUUCUCGGUCUAUGUCGGAGUUGAAAUGCAAAGGUUUGUGAUCAAAGUUGAACGAGCAAGUCAUCCGCUGUUCAAGAUGCUGCUAGAGGAAGCGAGGUCGGAAUAUGGAUAUAACAGCCAAGCUCCUCUUUGGCUUCCAUGCAAAGUUGGUAGGUUUUACAGAGUGUUGAGGAAGAUGGAUGAUGGCUUUGAUGUUCUCCAUGGCCAUGGAAGUCAAAAGCUUUACGGCUCUCGUCAUCUUUUUAUCCCAUCUCGAUGGAUGGAAUAA